AUGAAAUACCUUGCUCUCGCUUUAAUCGCUUCGACAGUCGCUGCAGACCGUUACAAACUUUACGCAGAGACCGAUAACGAAGAAUACAACGGAAAGGGCCUCUACGCUAACAAGGAGGCCCGGUCUGGUCUCGACUAUGUCUUCCUCAAUGAUAACCCAAUUGGUUUGGAAUAUGACGAGGAGGAUCAUGAGCUCGAAGGUUGGGACCUGAAGAUGGCCGUUCUAGGCCAAUACUUGGUAAUGGCGUCUCGGGGCGACGGUGACAGUAACGUCGCUAUUGCAGACAAUUACCUUCAAUUGAGUGCCAAGACUUGGGCUUGUAAAGCAACCCAAGACCCUAACGGCUAUGACAGAAGUAACUUGGUUUAUGUAAACGAGACUCAGCCAUAUGAGGACUGUGCCGAAGUCAGGUUCCGUGCUGAGAAGGAAGGUGAUGGUGAUGGUGAUGGUGAUGGAGACGGCGAUGGCGAUGGCGAUGGCGAUGGCGAUGGCGAUGGCGAUGGCGAUGGUGACGGUGACGGUGACGGUGACGGUGAUGGUGAUGGUGAUGGUGACGGUGACGACGAUGAUGAUGAUGAUGAUCACCACACUCCAACACCUUCACUUCCAACCGGCGGAUGGAACCACACCACAACAACAACAACUCUCACCGACUACACCACGUAUUGCCCAACAGAGACCACGAUUACAUUGACCACCUGUGGACCUCGUCACUGUCAUCCAACCACAAUUACAGUCACUGAGCCAACCACAGUGACCGUUUCCUCGUGUAUUCCUCCUGCGCCAACCGGUCCUGAACCAACUGGUCCUCAGCCAACUGGUCCUCAGCCAACUGGCCCUGAACCAACUGUAUCACCACCCGAGCCAACGGUGACUUCUUGGGAUGGUGCUGGUACUAAUCCUGUCCCAGUACUUGCGGCAUUCUUGGGUUUCGCUGCCUUACUUGCUUAG